ACCACCAUCUUCAAGCCAUAUCUGUCACCACCAACUCUCAAAAUUCGACGGCCCCCAUUAAACCCCCGUCCCUUGGGCCCCACUUCCCCUCUCUUAUAAUCCCCUCCCUCCCCUUCCUUUCUCUCUUGGUCAUUUCCACAAACACAUCACACGCAGAGCUCUCUCUCAAACACUCCAAUGGCGUCCGUGGUCCCCGACAACCUAACCAGGGAGCAAUACGUAUACCUCGCGAAGCUAGCUGAGCAAGCCGAGCGCUAUGAAGAGAUGGUCCAGUUCAUGGAGAAGCUAGUCGUCGGCGCGACCCCCGCCGGCGAGCUGACCGUGGAGGAGCGCAACCUGCUCUCCGUGGCUUACAAGAACGUGAUCGGCUCGCUCCGAGCCGCGUGGCGCAUCGUGUCGUCGAUCGAGCAGAAGGAGGAGGGUCGCAAGAACGAGGAGCACGUGGCUCUGGUGAAGGAAUAUAGAUCCAAGGUCGAGGCCGAGCUCUCUGAUGUCUGCGCCAGCAUCUUGAAGAUCUUGGACUCCAAUCUCGUGCCCUCUGCCACGUCCAGCGAGUCCAAGGUCUUCUACCUGAAGAUGAAGGGCGACUACCACCGCUACAUGGCUGAGUUCAAGGCUGCUGAUGAGAGAAAGGCUGCUGCAGAAGACACCAUGCUCGCUUACAAGGCUGCCCAGGACGUAGCGCUUGCGGAUCUUGCACCAACGCAUCCGAUAAGAUUGGGUCUAGCACUGAAUUUCUCAGUGUUCUACUAUGAGAUUCUCAAUCAGUCUGAUAAAGCUUGCAGCAUGGCCAAACAGGCAUUUGAGGAAGCUAUUGCUGAGCUAGACACUUUGGGAGAAGAAUCAUACAAGGACAGCACUCUGAUCAUGCAACUUUUGAGGGACAACCUCACUCUUUGGACUUCAGAUGCGGACCAGUUGGAUGAACCAUAGAGAGCAUUGAAAGCUUGAAGGGUCCUCCUAUCCUUCCUUUGGAGGAGGUGGGCGUUGAAUGUCAUUUGCCUGUGUGAAGCUGAUUGAAAGAAAGUGUGUUAAUUUGUAUAUUAGGUCAUGCAAUAUAUGCUGUUCGAAACAUUGAAACUGAACUUGUUCUUGAUUUGUUAAGUGAUUUGGAAUGGGUAGAAUCUGGUGUUAGCAGCAACCAGCUGUCUUUUGAGCUAUUUUUAUUCUGAA